UCAUACGCGUCGUUCUUGUCUCGCAGAAACGGGGGGGUUUUAGGGUUUCUCCAAGCUUCGACUCCCUUCGUCGGAUUCUCUUGCCGUUUGAUCUCCGAGGGAGAAAUGGAGAGGCUGACAUCUCUAAUUCCGGACGAGCUAAAGCGGGUCAUCGGGAGAAGUGCGCCGGAGAACUUGACGAUGACCUCCUCUUUGCUUCUUGAUUUCUUGCGCCCUUUACCUCAGUUUCAACAAGUCAUCCGGGAGUUGACGGACCCCGAUUUGGCGUUGUGCCGGAAGAGCAAAGAAGCAGCAUUGGGUUCGAAGCAGAAGGGAAAUGAGUGCUUUAUGAAAGGGGAUUACGUGGAAGCUUUGAGCUUUUACUCGCACGCAUUACGUCAUGCACCUGCGAAUUCUGAGAUGGACGUGAAUUUGGUUGCUACAUUGUAUGUAAACCGGGCUUCAACUAUGCAUAAAUUGGGCCUUCUGCAAGAGUGCAUUCGGGAUUGCAACCGUGCUAUUUCAAUUUUUCCUGCUUAUGUGAAGGCAUGGUAUAGAAGAGGAAAGGCUAAUGCUUCUCUAAAAGACUACAAACAUGCUACACAUGAUCUAGAAGUAGCUGUAAGUAUGGAAGACAAUCCGUCUAGGAAGAGCCAGAUCAAAGGAGAACUUAGUAUUGUGUUAAGUGAAUCCAGUAGUUCUAAUGAGAUUGGGAUGGUUAGUAAUAAUGGAGAAGAUGAGAAAGUGGAUUCCUUAGCUCAGUCAAAAGCUCUGGUACUUCAGUGUGUCUCCUCACCACACAAAGGCAGAGGACUGACAUCUGCACAUGACAUUCCUCCAGCUUCCUUAGUUCACCAUGAAGAACCUCUUGCCGCGAUUUUGCUGAAGUCUUGCCGGGAAACUCAUUGCCACUUUUGCUUUGAUGAACUCCCAGCAGAUAUUUUGUUCUGUCCUUCAUGUACUAUACCAGUUUACUGCUCAAAGAAUUGCCAGGAACAGGCUUUUGGGAAACAUGAUACUUAUCUGAGUAAGACAAAUUUGGCCACGGAUCUUGAGAAACAUGUUAUGAAUGCUAUCUUGGCAAAUCCUACAAGAAGUACUGGAGAAGAUAUAUGCAGUAAUCACAUUCUGGAACAUCGACAUGAAUGUGGAGGUGCACAUUGGUCUGCUGUUUUACCACCUGACAUAGUUUUGGCUGCUCGAUUGAUAGUAACUUCUAUAGAAAAAUGCAAGGCUUCUGGGACGAUCUUUAAUCCCUUGGAUUAUUUGGACUUUGUUCACAACUAUGCUCAAAAUCCUUCAGUUAGCAAGUUGGAGUUGCAUGUCUACGCGAUUGUCCUGUUGUACUGUUUGCAUCAAUAUUAUAAUUCAGAUUUUCCACUCAGUGGGGCUUCUGUAGCUCAGUUGAUUCUGGUGAUCUCCCAAAUUAAGGUUAAUUCUAUGGCAGUUAUCCAUAUGAAAUCACAUAAUCGAGAUGAGGCUUUUGGAAAGUGUUCAAAGUUUUUUAUUUUCGAAGAGCAUAUUACACAAGACACCAAGCAGGUCAAAGUAGCACAAGCUAUAUACUCAAGGGGUAGCUUGUUUAAUCAUUCAUGCCAGCCAAAUGUUCAUGCUUAUUUUCUUUCUCGUACACUUUUUGUACGCUCAGUAGAAGUUGUGCCCGCGUGGUGUCCGCUUGAGCUGUCUUAUGGUCCGCAGGCAGGAGAGUUGGAUCUUCAAGGUAGACAGAAGUUGCUCGAAGAGCAGUACUCAUUCCAAUGCCGUUGCUCCAGUUGUUCAGAAUUGAACUUGUCAGAUCUUGUCAUGAAUUCUUUUCGGUGUGUUCGGCCUUAUUGUCUUGGUGCAGUUCUAGAAGCCACACAUUACAAAAGGCUUGAAAGCAAUUUCUUGCAAGUUUCUAAUGCAUCUGGCACCUUUAAACUCUCUCUACCAUUGCUUAGCAGUAAAAAGGACAUAAGUGAUGUGGCACGAAUGUUGCUUCAUGAAAGAGGAGCCAAUAGUCACAUUGCUGCUGGGCAUUGCAUGAGUUGUGGUUCUUGUUGUGAUCUCGAAUGCUCAACUGCAGGUUCUAAAAGUUCUCUUGCAAACAUCCAGAGGUUGAAGGAUUCUUUGGAUUCAGAUCAAAUUCCAGAUGCUUUUGUUUCAGAGAUGCUGAGUUCUCUCAGUCAUUUAAGAUCAGUAAGGCAUCCGUAUAGCAAGAUUGUUGCUGAGGCUGAUGAUAAUGUGGCUGAGGCGUUUGUUAGGAUUGGGGAGCUUAAAUUGGCAGUGCAGCACUGUGUUGCUUCGAUCGAGAUCCUUGAGAAGCUUUACGGUAGCAAUCACAUCGUCAUGGGACAUGAGUUGAUGAAGUUAGCCUCGAUUCAGCUCUGCACGGGUGAUCGGACUGCUACUCUGAGUAGUAUUGACCGGGUAGAGUCAAUAUUUUUACUUUAUUAUGGAUCUCAUGUCGAUCGGAUAUUCCCACACCUGAAGGUCCUCAGAACAGAAGCCGAGAGACUUGCUUCUUGAGAAAGCCAAGUGCUGUGCUCACCACAGAAUUUGUUUCUCAACCUGGUCAAGUCAUCCUUGUCCAAGCACCAUAUCUGACUCCUCGACGCCAUAACCUGUAUGCUAUUAGCUUAAGGAGGAGAGGAGAGCAGAGUCUCUAUGACUUGAGCCUUUUUCUUACACAUCAAACAAGCACUGGUAAUGUUGGUUUCCAUUGAACUCUUUUUAUGAGGGAAAUAUGUAUUUUGUUGAACUUGUUCUGGUACUUUCAAUUAAUACACUUCUGGUUGGUUUCUUUGUAA